AUGAGAUGGUUAACAGAUAAGAUGGUUCACUUGCAAUAUCAAAGAGGACCCAAUGCCUAUGGGAUCGGUAUCGAUGACGCAUACUUUGUAGUGAACGUUAUGAUCACUCUAACAUUCUUUCGUUCGUUUGUGAUGCAACUUAUUUUGAACCCAAUGGCUGAAGAAUGGUUCCAUAUUCGUUCUAAGAAAGCUAAAGUCAGAUUCGCUGAGCAAGGUUGGUGUCUCAUCUAUUAUUCGUUUCUGUUCAUAUAUGGUCUUGUGCUUUAUUGGAAUGCGCCCUACAGACAUAAUAUCGAUUACAUAUAUAUUGGCUGGCCUCAUACAUCCAUGACCUAUUGGUUUAAAGCAUAUUAUUUGAUAGCCAUUGGAUUUUGGCUGCUGAUGAUUUUUGUUCUAUGGGUUGAAGAAAAGAGACAUGACCAUUAUCAAAUGUUCUGUCAUCAUAUAAUUACUAGUAAUUUGAUUAUUGGUUCUUAUUACUAUUAUUUCACCUCCAUUGGCCAUCCAAUCUUGAUGAUCAUGGAUUCAGUUGACGUGUUACUUUGUACUGCUAAAUUACUAAAAUAUUGUGGGUUUUCAAAGCUGUGUGAUGCUAUGUUUGUAAUAUUUAUGAUGGGGUGGAUCAUUUUGAGACAUGGGGUUUAUAACUACUUGUUUUAUCAUGCAUGGACUAAAUCAGUAUACUUGAUGAAAGAUGGUGAGUGUAAACCUGGUGAAAACCAAGAACGGUGUUGGACGAUGACCGUGAUUUGGGUAUUUCUUGCGUUGUUAGCAAGCUUGCAAGCGAUUACAAUGGUUUGGAUGUACUCCAUAGCCAAAGUUGCCUAUAGAGUUAUUACUGGUAAUGGAGCUGAAGAUGUUAGGUCUGAUGAAGAUGAUACAGAUAGUGAUAAGAAAACUUUAUAG